UGGAGAAGGAGGAAUGCUGCCUAUGACCCCAAGAACACCAUCCCCACCGUCAAACAUGGAGGUGGAAACAUUAUGCUUUGGGGGUGUUUUUCUGCUAAGGGGACAGGACAACUUCACCGCAUCAAAGGGACGAUGGACGGGGCCAUGUACCAUCAAAUCUUGGGUGAGAACCUCCUUCCCUCAGCCAGGGCAUUGAAAAUGGGUCGUGGAUGGGUAUUCCAGCAUGACAAUGACCCAAAACACACGGCCAAGGCAACAAAGGAGUGGCUCAAGAAGAAGCACAUUAAGGUCCUGGAGUGGCCUAGCCAGUCUCCAGACCUUAAUCCCAUACAAAAUCUGUGGAGAGAGCUGAAGGUUCGAGUUGCCAAACGUCAGCCUCGAAACCUUAAUGACUUGGAGAAGAUCUGCAAAGAGGAGUGGGACAAAAUCCCUCCUGAGAUGUGUGAAAACCUGGUGGGCAACUACAAGAAACGUCUGACCUCUGUGAUUGCCAACAAGGGUUUUGCCACCAAGUACUAAGUCAUGUUUUGCAGAGGCGUCAAAUACUUAUUUCCCUCAUUAAAAUGCAAAUCAAUUUAUAACAUUUUUGACGUGCGUUUUUCUGGAUUUUUUUGUUGUUAUUCUGUCUCUCACUGUUCAAAUAAAUCUACCAUUAAAAUUAUAGACUGAUCAUUUCUUUGUCAGUGGGCAAACGUACAAAAUCAGCAGGGGAUCAAAUAUUUUUUUCCCUCACUGUAUUCACAACAACACGCUCAUCUUUACCAAAAAGAAUUAUGGCAAAAACAAGAGCUUCUGUAUUUAUUUACUUCAUCAACUCACCACAGUGUUUAUUAAACCAAGGCUUAAUGUUUAAUAAGGGAGUUGAGAGAAAACCUUUAGUUGUACCUCUUCUUCUUUUGCACUCGGAUACAAAAAGAAUGUAGUUUUGACUAUUUCUAUCUUAAAAAGACAAAAAUAGAGGCAUAAUGUGUCCUUUGUGACCGUUUUUAUUGCAGUACGUAUCGGUCACUAAUAUAAUACUGCAUGACUGCACUGGGUAACUCUAAACAAGCCACAGUGUAAACAGGUACUGACCCACAUGACUUACAGGAAAAUUGUUCUGGUAAAUCCCAUGGUACAUUCUGUCUCUCUGUCUGAUUGGCUUUUUAAUAAUAGUGUCUCAAAAUAUCUUCAAAUAAAAAUAAAUUAUACACAGCCAGUGAGAUGACAUUAUUUAAAAACAUUUCUGCUUUUAUAUAAUUUUCCAACAUUCAAAACAGAUGCAGUGUUAAUGCAAAUCAUAAAGAUAAUAUUUGUAUUACGCAUUCAUAUUCAGUCCUGAGAAUGAUCAGGUGGAAUGAGUGUUAAAUGGCCGCUGUUUCUACUUUUUAAAGCUGAAAAACAAAGACCAGUGGUGUCCCAUCUCCUUCCCUCUCUAAUUUACACUUCAAACAUCUGGCCUGUGUUUCCAUCAGAAUAGUCCAUUAUAAUGUUUGUUAUAGAGGUGCAUCACAAAAAAUUAGAAUGCAUGGAAAAGUUUUUUUUUUCCCCUGUAAUUUUUAUUCAAAAAGUGGAACUUUCAUAUGUUCUAGAUUCAUUACACAUAAAGUGAAAUAUUUCAAGACUUUUUUUUUUUUUUAAUCUUGAUGAUUAUAGCUCACAGCUCACGGAAAUCUCAAAUCCAGUAUUGCAAAAUAUUAAAAUAUAUUUUUUAAGAUGCAGCGCCCAACAGAUUGCUUUAACUGCAAUGCUAAUCGACUUUGAAAGUGCCAUGAAGAUGUUCAGAAACAGAUAAGAAAAGUCAUAUGAAUACAUAGAAAUGUAAAUAGAAAAUGUUGCUGUUAAUGAAGCAACCAGCGCACAAGUCUGUUUACUGAGUGAGAAACCACUUCCUGACCCACAUGAACAUGAUCUAAGCCAAGCUCUAUUGUACAUGUCAAAGGAACGAAUACAAAGUGUUAAAAUAACAAAGAUGAUUUACUGCUUUUGCUUGCGUCUGUGCUACGCAAAAGUGCAAAUUGUUAGAAUAAUAAGAUGCUGAAACAACUUGCUUUCUUAUAUGCUAUAACUGACAUACGACUGGGUGAAAGUCACUGAGGCAUUAUGAAGCUGGCAGAAGGACUGAACAGGAUAUUGUGGGUUAGCCUAGUUGUAACAUGUUGAGAGUGACAAUGCUUUUUACUUUUUUUUUUUUGUAAUUUGUACUUUUUAAUUUAAUUGGAAUUAAUUAACUGGCACCCUGCCCAGGGUGUACCCCGCCUUGUGCCCAUGCUUCCUGGGAUAGGCUCCAGGUUCCCCAUGACCCUGAAAAGGAGUAAGCGGUUGAAAAUGGAUGGAUGGAUGGAAUUAAUUAAUUGAUUAAUUGAUUGUAAUUAAUUGUAAAUGUCAUUUCAUUUGUAUUUUUUUUUUUUUUUUUUUUUUUUUGUAAAUAGUAUUAUUUGCAUUUUAUAUAUCUCUAUUUGCCACUGUCUAUGCUGCCUGCAAAAAAGAAUGAGUGUCUUCUCCACCCAAUCUGAUGCAAAUAAUCUGGAAUUACUGAAACGAAACUAAAAGAAUCGACUUCCUUGUGUUAGAUUUGACUUUUAUAGACUUCUAGUUUAUGAAUAAUGUAAUACAACGGAAUCUAUUUAAUUUAAUUAAAUACUCUUUAACUCAUCAUGAGGAAUAAUUACCUCAUACACAAAAGCAAGAGAAGAGUAUAGUAGGUUAUAGAGGGAGUAGUUAUAGAGGUUAUAGAGGGAGUAGUUAUAGAGGUUAUAGAGGGUGUAGUUAUAGAGGUUAUAGAGAGUGUAGUUAUAGAGGUUAUAGAGGGAGUAGUUAUAGAGGUUAUAGAGGGAGUGGAGGACUGUAAACACGACGCUCUGCCUUCACCAGUAUACAGCCUCGGUUUCUGCAGUGAUGUAGGCAUUUCUGGACAAGAUCUGAUCGAGUGAAUUCAGAAAACGUUCACACGCUCCUCCAGACACUAUCGGGGCAUCAUGACCUCCUUUUAUUCCAUCUGCAUCGUCUUGGGUACCGUGUGUGUGAACCCCCUCUCUGCAGUACCUGAGUUCACUGUAUCUGGACAUGUGGGGUCUACAGCUGUCCUGCCGUGUGAACUGCAGACUGAAGUCAAUGGACCACCGUAUAUUAAGUGGAGCAUCGAAUCUGAGACUGUGUUUGAGCGACGCGGUGAGGAGACCCAUCAGGGUGAGGGAUAUGAGGGGCGUGUGGAUGUUCCUGAGGAAGAGCUGCGUAAGGGGAACUGUUCCUUGGUGUUGCGCAAUCUGACACCUACUGAUGCAGCUCUCUACUGGAGCGCCAAGAUAGUGAGUCGCACCAAGAGAUCUGUCGAGACAAAAACAGUAGAGAUCAGCCGUGUUUAUCUCUCAGUCCAUGAAAACCUGAAUGAAGAGAAUAAAGCUGUAAAGGAAGUUCCCAGAGCCGGGUUUUGGACAGGAGUAGGAGUAGGAGCAGCUGGGACUAUUGCAGUGAUUGGAGUGAUUGUUGCUGUGGUGUACUGGUGUAAAAGAAGAAGAAACCAAAACCGCAGAAACCCUGAUCCUCCACAAACCUACUCACUGCCUAAUACACAAAUAAAUCCUGCAAACACAAGUCAAGAUGAAAAUCCUAAUGAUCAAGGAGAACAUCUCCUGCUGAACACAUCACAGGACGAUCAUGGUUCUGUGGUUUUGGAGAAGGGUGCUGUCCGAUACAUUCCAGUCAGGACAGAUCCUGAGUAAUGCAACUUCCAGCACAACAGUUGAGGUUUAUCCUUGGAAUUCAUCAUCGUGCCUGGCGGCCGGAGUUUACAAAACCUGUGUCACACUGGGAAUUGCUCGUCACCCACGCUAUGUUCAUCGCUGCUCAUGAGGGAAACUUUGUACUUCCAGUCUCCCUGAUACCUCUGUUGAUGAGCAAAUAUUGGCCAUCUGGUCUCCUUUUCACCAUUUACGUGCUAGAUCAAGUGCUGGAAAUGGCGGCACUGGAAUAUUCACCAAUACACACCAC